AUGUGCCAAGCGGAACCAACACUGAUCUCUCCCCACCCUGAUAACUGCGCCUGGUACGUCAACUGCUCCCUGACCCCUGAUGCUGCUAUGAUGACGUUUUUCAGUGGCUAUGCCCUGGAAUGCCCGUAUCCUCAGCUCUUCUCUGACGUGACGCUGCAGUGCGAAGACUUCAAAGACGUUCAGUGCAACGGCCGUUUCGAGCCGAAAUCACCAUGUAAGUUUACAUGGACUUGAUAAGUUUACAGGAACUUGAUAAGUGUACAGGAACUUGAUAAGUUUACAGGAACUUGAUAAGUUUACAGGAACUUGAUAAGUUUACAUGAACAUGAUAAGUUUACAGGAACUUGAUAAGUUUACAGGAACUUGAUAAGUUUACAGGAACUUGAUAAGUUUACAGGGACAUGAUAAGUUUAUAGGAACAUGAUAAGUUUACACGGACUUUAUAAGUUUACAGGGACUUGAUAAGUUUACAGGGACAUGAUAAGUUUACAGGAACAUGAUAAGUUUAAAGGAACAUGAUAAGUUUACAGGAACUUGAUAAGUUUACAGGGACUUGAUAAGUUUACAGGAACAUGAUAAGUUUACAGGAACUUGAUAAGUUUACAGGAACUUGAUAAGUUUACAGGAACUUGAUAAGUUUUUAGGAACAUGAUAAGAUUAAGGGAGCUUUAAGAUACGAUAAGAUAAGAUUCUUUUAUUGAUCCAAAUAAAUGGAAAUGUUUUUUGAUUGCACUAUACAUUUUCAGCACAAAAAUAAAACAACUUGAACACAAGACAUUUAUAAUAAAUUAUUUCAAACAGCCAUUCAGUGAGUUCUCUUAGCAAAAUAGGGAACUUAUUAGUUCUCAUUCAUAUGUGUGACUUCAGAGGAAGCACGCCGGUAAAUUAUAAGUUUAUGGGAACACAAGUUUACAGGUUGAGCCUGAUGAACUUGAUACAUUUACAUGAACUUGAUAAGUUUACAGGAAUUCGAUAAGUUUACAGGAAGUUGAUAAGUUUGCAGGAAGUUGAUAAUUUGCAGGAAGUUGAUAAGUUUUGCAGUUGACAUGUAAAUAUUUCUGGAAUUGGUGGAGCAAUAUACAUUUAUUUUUUUGUAUUUAAUUAAUGUUAAUUUUUAAGUUCAUGAUUAUGUUUGUUAAAUUGUAUUUACCGCGUGGUGAGCCCAGCCCUAGGCUUGGCUACCGCGCUAUAUAAAACCACUAAUAAUAAUAAUAAUAAGUUUGAUGGAAGUUGCUAAGCUUGCAGGAAGUUGUUAAGUUUACAGGAACUUAAUAAGUUUGCAGCAACUUGAUCAGUUUGCAGGAACUUGAUCAGUUUGAAGGAACGUGUUAAGUUUACAAGAACUUGAUAAGUUGGUUGGAGUUGGAGUUCAAAAGAGUUAAACCUAUGUAAACUUAACUAAAUCAUUAAGAUAUGUAAUGUCCAAUAAUAAGUUAUGCUCACUAAUUUGUCUAUAUAAACAAUUUGAUAUAUAUUACGGAUGGACGCGUGUGAGAGAAUAUACAAGGUAAAGACAACGACAUUGAGCACAGUGGUCCUAGCUAAGAGGCCAACACUUAAAAUGCCCGUUCCCUUGGUCGCCGAACACAAUGAAUGAGAUAUAGAAACCGUUGAAGACGAAUCUUAUUAUGCCAUUCAAAAGUGUAGGAUUUCAAAAUGGUAAUCGCAAUGGUGAGCUGGUUGAUAGAUUUAUUGAUGUACUGGAUCUUUAACAGGUGAUUACAGGGCGAACAGGUGCCACGAGUCGUCUCACUGUGUGCCGUGUUGGGUGAGAUAUGCCAGCUGUCGGGGGCUGAACGAGGGUCUCAACCCCUGGGAGGGGAUGGAGUGGGAGCGCUUCUUUGUUGAAUGCCACAAGGAGAGGACAGUUUUUCAGGUACUUGAAUGACAUAACUAAACAAAACACGACGAACUUGAUAGGAUUGUCUAUGACUAUGAAUUUCAUUUUAAAAAAAUGGUUGUGUAUUGUAACGAACUCAGUACUUUACAAUUUACAAAGAAACUCAAUAAACAUUCUUUACUUUCGCUUCACUUUCCACAUUGCUUUCCCUUGAGCACUACAAAGUAUGUUUUGAUUGAUAUCAGAGGUAUGAUUAAAAUGGUACGUGAUUAGUAAAUUGAAAUUUUACUUUGCUACGGUCAUAUUAGAAAUAUGCCUUCAAACAUGAUCUUAAUUGGGCCUUAAAUGCAGGUUCAUUUUUCUCCCCAUAUACAAAAUAUCUUAUCCAUUGUCGCUCCACUGGGUGAGAGCGCCGUAAACCAAGCGUAGGUCUAUCUUAUGCAGCCUUUUAUUUCUGCUUUCCAAUCUCAGGGCCUCUGCGACUCAAGUGCCGUGUUUUCUCCCAUCACGAGAGCCUGCGAGACUCCGAUGAGCAUUCCCAGCAAACAUGGCGGCUGGAAGCCCGGUUGUCACGGACGCCUCGAUGGAUUCUAUCCCGACGAGCUGGGCCGAUGCGACCUGUAUUACAUGUGCCAAGGCCAACUGUUCAGGGGCUUCCACAGUUGCCAGCACGGACUCAAGUUUAACCCCUUCACAUCCAGCUGUGAGCCCGCUCGGCAAGUGCCCUUUCCAUGCGGUGACAAGGACGACGACAUGGGGCUCUGUAGAGGGAAAUCUGACGGGUUUUACUUAGAUGUUUUCGGGCGGUGCACGCAUUAUUUUGGAUGCCAGAAUAAAACGAUGACCGGAUUUCACGUUUGCUCUAAGGGCGUCUUCAACCUGGAGAAGCGUCGGUGUGACACGGGUGAAGGCGUUCGGUCAGAGAUGGCCGUGCCUUGCGGAGACCUCGAGAACACGUGUUUCCAGAGAGCCGACGGCGUCUACAAGGACAUAAUAACAGACGGAUACAAUUGUAGAAGACGGGUGGUUUGCGAGAGAGGGCUGAUCAUUGCCAGUCAC